CAGCGGAGGCAGGACUGUAGCGCAACUAGGAGCAGCCGCGCAUUACGAACCCCCUCCAGUCAGUCCCGGUGCUUGCGUGGAACGGAACAACCUUCAACCAUGGAUCUCAAAGUGCUCGUGCUGUUGGCCGUCCUCGCUGUGACGAUGUAUGCGCCUGUGUCUCACGCGAAACCCAUCAGUCUGGUGGAGCGGUGUUGGUGUCGCUCGACCGUGAACACCGUCUCUCAACGCAGCAUCAGAGAGCUCAAGUUCCUGCACACACCCAACUGUGCCUUCCAAGUCAUUGCCAAGCUGAAGAAUGGGAAGGAGGUGUGUGUGAACCCUGAGACCAAGUGGCUCCAGACCUACCUGAAGAAUGCCAUAAACAAAAUGAAGAAGUCCAAACAGCAAAUCGAUUAGGCGAUACACUAGACCAGUGGCCAAGCAGCAGUGGACCAGCCAUCCUCUCUCCAGACCCCACUACCCGCCCCCCCCCCCCCCCCACACACACACACACACACACAAACAAAGAUUUCUGAGGGUUUAUUCCAGCACUUACUCAGCCAAUCAGCGGUCAUCAAAACCAGCCAACCAUCCCAGCAUCCAUCAUCUCCAGCCAAUCAGCUUUCUUCUACACCAGCCAACCAGCAUCCAUCAUCUCCAGCCAAUCAGCUUUCUUCUACACCAGCCAACCAGCAUCCAUCAUCUCCAGCCAAUCAGCUUUCUUCUACAUCAGCCACUCAGAUCUCCUCAUCUAUCAAGCGGUCAGCCCUUUUCAACACCAGCCAAUCACCUUCCUUCAUCUUUCCAGCCAAUCAGCUUUUUUUCAUCUGUGAACCAAGUCACAUCGCUGGAUCUGUUGUAGAGACAUUGUUCUCUUCAGGCAUCUGCCAGUCAAGCGCUCGGAGCUAUCAAUCAAGUAAUACCCGGCCAAUGACCUCCUCAGAGACUCCUCCCCCAGUCCCUACUCUAAGAGUAAUAAUUCCGUAUCUAAAAAUGUUUAUGAUAUAAGAGUAUAAAUGUGUGUUUGUUUGUCCGAUGUAUAUAGCGUGAGUUUUACCCUGUUAAUCCAGUAAAGUGUUAUUUUUGGAGUCGCUGGCGCUCCACGCCUCUCUCUGCUGGUGUGUGUGUGUGUGUGUGUGGGGGGGGGGGGGUGCAUGAAGGUCAGCAUCUGUUUCUUUUGGGAGGGGAGUGUAUUAUGUCAAAUCUACAACAGAGAUUGAGGCCUUUCACACACACACACACCGUGGAGGACAGGUUAGUGGAAACAUGUGUGAGGACCUACAGCCCAAGGCCCAGUCAUGAGAUAUUCAGAUGGCAGCUCACUUUAUUAGAUCCAUGCUGGAGAUCUCUCCAGAUCAAUCCAGACCUCUCACCAAAACCUAUCCAGACCUACUGCAAACCUAUCUCACCAAAACCUAUCCAAUCCUAUCUCACCCGAACCUAUCCCAAAUCUAUUCGAAACCUAUUCCAAACCUAUCUCAAACCUAUCCAGACCUUUCUCAUCCAGACCUUUUCAGACCUAUCUCACCCAAACCUAUUCCAAACCUAUCCCAAACCUAUCCAGAGCUCUGCUGACCUGUGCCAUGUGCUGCAUGCAUGCCCAACUGAGCUGGGCCACAGCGGCCACUAUCAGACACACACACACACACACAGUGCAGAGGACAGGUUAGUGGUGUGUGUCCACUAUCAGAUGCUGGGAGGGGUGGGAAAGUUGUGCUCUGUUGUUCUCUUGUCCUGCUCUUGACAGCUGUUUCCCUUUCUGUGGAGCGUAAACAAGCCCCCAAGCAAACUGGCGUUAGCUCACUCUUCAGCAAAUGUAAUGAGCAUUACUGGAACUUGUUCACUGUGUUAUGUGUGUAGGUGCCGUGUGUGUGUGUGUGUGUGUGUGUGUGUGUGUGAACAGGCAAACAUCUGGACAUGAGUACGAUGCUAAUGGAGCAGUCAGUGUAUGUGUGGCAUGCGGCCGUAAUGGCAUCAUUACUCCAAAUACUGUGCCGCGCAACCACACACACACACACACACACACACACACAUAGUUUUCACUCUCUCUGUCAUACACACACACACACACACACACACAUACACAUACCGUUUUCACUCUGUCACACACACACACACACAUACAAAUAUCUCACUUGCUCAGGCAUCCACAAAGACCUACAUAUACACACACGCCGAAAAACACACAUGCAAACACAAUCACACAGCUCAAACAAACAUAGCAAGUCAUUAGCCCAAAUAAUCAACAUCUUCAUCCACAUAAUCCUGCAAGGACAAACAUCUUUCAAACACACAAACCUAACGCACAGAUCAACACAAGACUGUCUCCUGACAUAAACACAAACCUUUUCCAACAAUGUCAACUACGCUGUUUAGUGUUUGGCGCCUCUCCUGUCAUGUGUGUGUAUGUGAGUGUGUGUGUGUGUAUGUAUGUGUGUGUGUGAGUGUGUGUGUGUGUGUUUAGUGGGUAGAUUAAUGUAAGAUCCUUCUCAUCUGUGCAGCUCUCCUUACAGCUCCCCAGUCCCAGAGGCCUAGUCAGGAUAAUUAAAUGCCAACUCAAUGCAACUGAAUGUUUAGCUUUGUUGUAACUGUUGUAUGAUAAAUCAAUUACAAAUGUAUUAGGACUAACCUCUUAGCAGAUAAAACCAUAGAAAUGCAUUAAGGGCUAACCUCUUAGCAGAUAGACCCAUAGACAUGCAUUAAGGGCUAACCCGUUUGCAGAUACACCCAUAGACAUACAUUAAGGGCUAACCUGUUAGAAUUGCAUUAAGGGCUAACCUGUUAGCAGAUACACCCAUAGACAUGCAUUAAGGGCUAACCUGUUGCAUAUGAGCCUGGGAGAUUGGGGCCAGAUUAGGGCCCAACUAAUUUGAUCCAGUGUAGAUUCAUCAGCAGUAGCAGUGCUAGUAGCAUUAGAGCUAGCCUUAGCAACAUUAGAGCUAACCUUAGCAACAUUAGUGCUAGCAUUAGCAACAUUAGUGCUAGCCUUAGCGUAAGCAGUAGCAGAAGUAUUAGUCUCUAGUUAUCUGUUGGUUCAAAGAGAGUUGGCUACCUAUUCACAUUUAUAUACUUUGGAAUAUGAAGGCACUUUAUAAUGGAUUGUUUUAUAUACAAAUAUGUGUUUGUCUAUCUGUAGUCCCAUAUAGCAUCCUUCCAGUUAUGUGUUAUGGUAACCAUGGUAUUACAGUUUUACUGAAAAUAAAUAAACCACAUAUCCAAAAAGAAA